AGCAUCUUCUUUCACCUGUUGGCAAAUUAAAGAGAGAAACUCAUGGUCCCUUCGUACUAAAUGUCCAUGAAGCCGCCACGUUCAGUUUAGUAACGUUAGAGGGAGAGUUGGACCCUGGCCUGUGCUCAACCAAAGUCGAAUCACGAGGUUCAAACAAGCAAGAGACAACUGAAAGAACAAAAAUUUUCAACUUAACCUCCAUCAUUUCUUCAAUGAUCACUCACUGAACCCGCACCAUGACCAGCUGGGACAGACUUUUCUAUCGCCUAUGUGUGCUUGCGGUCAGUGACUAGUCUAGCAAUGAUGCUACUAAAAGCUAACCCCCCGACACUAAAGCUACUUACCAUUUACUUUAGUUACAAAGGCGCGAGUCACCAGGGAGGUUCGCGGUGCUGUGACACCGCUGUUUAAAAGUAACAACAGUCUCUCCGGUUCUUCUCUAAACAACGAGCGGACCGCCGCUCCUUACAGAACCGAAGCUAACUACUAACAUUUGCUGACAGGUUUCACGUAUGAGACAAUAUGCCGCGCGUCUCGUGCAGCAGACAAACCGACAGAAACGGUCGGUGUGGCACGAGGCGGAGCGGGGGUCAGUGACGUAGCAGGAGACUGUUUCGGGGAAAGUCCUCGCGGCGGCGUGAACCUCUGAUGACCUCUAGCGACAAUACCGCACAGACAUAUGUUUCCUUGGUCCGCUGUUUUCUCACUUGAGCCCAAAGUGCCCGGCCAGCGCAGCAGCGAGGAACUGGUUACCAAUACUCUGAUGUUGGAGUUGGGAGCCAUGGUGAAGCGCACUGAACGCAUCCGUUUGGAGCGGGCGACAGAGGGUCGGCGCCGCCGUCGCAGCUCCUCCUCCACAGCUGACUACAGCUGGCUGGCGACCGCCCCAACCCCACAACCCUACGAGCUGACACCCAAUGACCUGCUGGAACUGCAGGAACUCUGUGCCAAGAUCCCUCCAGCACAGUGUGGCCCUGUGAUCGUCAGGUUCAGGAGGCUGGUGUCGCAGAUGGAGCCUGAGGUUCACGAGGUUCCCCGGCUGUUUCGCACAGUGCUACGUGACUGUGUUGACGAGACAAAUGGAAAUGAAGACAUGCAGGACACCCCCUAUGAGAAGCAGCAGCGCAGCAAGAGCCUCUCUUUUGUUACUUUCCGCACCAAAUUUCGCACGGGUCAGUUUUUCAAAGGCAGCGGCAUGACAGGCUCCAGGGGGAACCUGCAGCAGAUAGAUUGGUCUGACGAGGAGGAUGGAGAAGGGGAGGAGGAGGCCAUCAAGGCCAGGGCGAGAAAGGGAAGGAGCAGGAGCAUGCCAGAGAUCAGCCCAAUGGAGCAGAGUGCCCAUGGGUGAGAGAAGGGAGGAAGAGAGUCAGGGGAGAGACCAUGUGGAGAGGAUGGUGGGAGGGAGAGGAGGAGCACCUGUAGAGGAGUUCUGUUGGGGAGGAGAAAAUGAGAAGGAGGCAAAAGUGAGCACAAAAUACAGGUGGGUCAGCAUACUGCAAAUAUGGGAAGGAGAGAAAAACAGAGAAUGUGGAGGGAGGAGGGAAGGUAGCAUUCAAAAAGGGGACAGAAUAAAUGUAAAUGUAAUGUAAAUAAAAAGUUUUCUCAUUUCUAAUUA